AUGGUAGAUGUGGGAAAUGGUGAGUUACUGCGUUGUGAAGGAGAAAUUAAAGAGGUUCCGAUUGUUGUCCAAGAUCACUGCCUGUGCAUUUCAACCUAUCUUUUACCUAUUAUCUUGGAGGAGUUGGUGCUUGGCGAUAGUUGGUUAGAAGCCUUGGAUACUCACUUGGCCAAUUAUAGGGAGAAGUUUAUCAUGUUCUUGGCUGGUGAUCACUUGGUUAGGCAACUUCCAGUGGAGGAAGAUCCUUCCCCAUUGGUCUUUCCUCUUGAGUUAGCGCCUGAUCUCGCAGAAUCACUGCAUGGUUUUCUUGAGGUUUUUCGCCCUCCCAAAGGGCUUCCAUCGAAGCGAGCACAUGAUCAUCAUAUUUCUCUAAUUUCUAGUACUACUCCUAUGAAGAUCUCAAAGCAGGGUAUCAUCAAAUUUGGGUCGCCCUUGAAGAUUGCUACAAGAUUGCAUUUAGGAUUCACCACGGUCUCUAUGAAUGGCUAUUCUGAUUGGCCUUCAUAUCUGACACACUUAUGCAGGGUCCUAUCGGUUCUAAGAUACAAUUAUUUGGUUGCAAAGUUGUCUAAGUGCUCUUUCGGCCAGCGGAGUAUCGAUUAUCUUGGUCAUAUAGUCUCCGGCAAAGGGGUCCUGGUGGAUGAUGCUAAGGUCUCAGAUAUUAAGAAUUGGCCUAUUCCUACAUCAGUGCGUCAACUAUGGGGUUUUUUAGGCCUUGCAAGCUAUUAUCGUAAAUUUAUCAAGAAUUUUUCUAUGAUGGCAUCUCCCCUCACUGACCUAUUACAGAAGGAAAGCUUUUGCUGGUCUAAUUCAGCAGAGGAGGCUUUUAAUACAUUGAAGAAUGCUCUGAUGAAUGCUCCUGUUUUGGCUACCAUAUUUCUCUAA